AUGCGCCAAUAAGUCGUGGUCACGUGCCAUGGCUGCUCUUCCUUCGGGUGGAUUCGAUGCUCACUUUGUUGAACCUCUCAAUGAUCAAUGGACAUGCCCCAUUUGCCAGUUUGCAGCACGAGAACCAACGCUGACCAAGUGUGGUCACCAAUUUUGCCAAGAGUGCUUGAGGCCCCUCAUUAGGGAUGGUAAUGUAACAUGUCCUGUGUGCAGUGAGGAACUCAAGGAAUCGGACACGUUUCUAAACAACAUGACGAAACGCCAGAUUCUUAGUUUAAAGAUUCUUUGUGAUAAGCGUGAGGAAGGCUGUAGCUGGCAAGGUGAACUAAGACAGCUUGAUGAACACAACCAGGAAUGUGACUAUGUAGUUAAAGCGUGCAGCAAUGAUUGUGGAGAAUUGGUAAUGAGAAAGGAUAUGGACGAUCAUAAGCAGAAUACGUGCAGUCGAAGAAUUGUGGGUUGUUGCUACUGUGAUACACAGCUGGAACAUGGCCAAUUAUGUGAUCAUUAUGUGGUGUGUGCUGACUGUCCUCAUCAGUCUGCAACACAGGAUGCUGUGAAGGAACUAGUAGUGGACAUCAGCAGAAAGGGUGUGUGUCCGACCAGUCCUUUGCAAUGUGAUUCUGCAUCAAGUGGAUGCCACUUCCUCUGGAAUCGAGAGCAACAACAAGAGCACUUGGACAACAACACAGGCAAUCAUGUUACUUUAGCUAUGAACUCACUUUCAGACAGAUUGGUAGGCGUUGAGAAGAAACUUGCAGAAACAGACUUCAAGUUAGCAGAGGCUACGGAAAAGCAGGCAGAAACAGAUAGUAAAUUGGCAGAGGAAGAAGAAGAGCACAGAGAGACAAAGGCUCAGUUGGCUAGUACAAGAACAGAUUACAGAAGGUUAGUCGAUACAUUGGAUGUUGUGUUGCGAUCAUCGAGAACAUAUACAAAAUUGAUGACAGAUGGCUGGAAAGAGUCGUUAGAAUCGGUAGAGUUUUUAACGGCUUUACUGGAUACAAACACUCAAACUUCAUUUGAAGGAAAUGGCACAUUUGUGUACCUGUGGAAGAUAGAUUCGAGUGGCAUGACAAGUCCAUUUGAAACUAUACUUACUCAUGUUAUGACAAGGAAACAUUCGAGGCUAUCUACACCAUUUCACAUUGGAUAUUCAGGACUGCAGCUCCAGCUCAAAUUUCGUGCCAUAGCAAGGAAUGGCGACUAUUCAUUUAUUGCAAGAGUAUACUUCUUAAACUCGCCGUUACCACAAUCUAAGUAUUUGGUGUCGCUUGUUCUGUACGAUCGACACAAUCACAGGUCAAAAAUUCAAACUGAGAUUGACUUUUCUCUUCUUUCUGCUCAAGCGCAAAGCUACCCAUUUCGUGGAAGAGGUCGUUUUGGCAAGGUCGAUUUGGAAUUUCCAUGCACCGUUUGCUUUGUUUUGAGAAACGGGUUAUUGAUGGCAUUUCAGGUGGAAUCUCAACGUGACUAAUUGAAGUGUUGUACUGGUCUCUUUGAGUAAUACUGUUUUGCUGUAUUAAGACGUUGACAAAGCAUUUGGAAGGAACUUGAUAAUUAGCAGACAGUUAUGACUACCAGAUAGUAUCCUUUUAUAUGCUAGAUGCAGCUGUUGCAAUAUAUUAGCAGUUAUGAUGUGUGGUUGCAUUACCAGUGGGCGUGGCUGGUAGACUUAGAUAAUCUUUAUGAAAUGGAUGCUGAACAUUUAGCUGUUCUGGCUGUUCUUUGAUGACAAAGGAAACUAGGAACUAACUGAUGUCGA